GGUAUUCCCGCCGCUGUGUCCGCAGUUUCUGGUCAUCCCCUGCAUUGUGUCCGCAGUCUCUGGUCAUCCUCUGUACUGUGUCCGCAGUCUCUGGUCAUCCCCUGUACUGUGUCCGCAGUCUCUGGUCAUCUCCUGUACUGUGUCCGCAGUCUCUGGUCAUCUCCUGUACUGUGUCCGCAGUCUCUGCUUAUCUCCUGUACUGUGUCCGCAGUCUCUGGGCAUCUCCUGUACUAUGUAAGCAGUCUCUGGUCAUCUCCUGUACUAUGUCCGCAGUCUCUGCUUAUCUCCUGUACUAUGUCCGCAGUCCUGGUUAUCUCCUGUACUAUGUCCGCAGUCUCUGGUCAUCUCCUGUACUAUGUCCGCAGUCUCUGGUCAUCUCCUGUACUAUGUCUGCCAUCUCUGACAGUCUCCUGUACUAUGUCCGCAAUCUCCGAGUCUCCUGUACUAUGUCCGCAGUCUCUGACAGUAUUCUGUACUAUGUUCACAGUCUCUGACAGUCUCCUGUACUAUGUUCGCAGUCUCUGGUUAUCUCCUGUACUAGGUCUGCAG